UUCAGAACCCUAAAAAAACCAAUUUUUACACUGCAAUUUGUAAAUUUUCAAAAAACGAGCUCCUAUUUGUAUGGUAACGGUCACCAGUUCUUCUUCUUCUUCUUCUUCUGCUCUUUUACAUCUUGGAUAGCACAUUCUUUACCAUGCUAAAGACUUUUCAUUUCAAAUCCCUAACCCUUGUCUCUAAACAAUCUCUUCUCUUAAACCCGAUUGGGGGAACUAUUAUCGCUUACACUCAAUGCACCGUUUUCUCAUCACAAUGUCCUUUUUUUCAAUUUUCACCCUUACUUUUGCAUCAAACCCAAAUCCGAAAACCAAUUGUUUGUGCAAGAAAGAAAAGAAGGAGAUCAGGGUCUCAAAAAUUAAUGAAAAUUGUGCCCAAAUUAGUGUCCUUUGUGGCAUCAAAUCCCAAGAUCUUACCAGGACCUUUAGAAUUGGUUGUUGCGGAACUUGGCGGUGGAGGUGGAGGAGGUUUAGGGUUUUGGAAGGUUUUCGGGGAUGGAAGUUCUGAUGGGUGGAGGAGAAAAGGGAAGACAAGUUUAGGACUUUUUGGAGUUUUGACAGUUUGUGGAUUGGGGUUAUUGUUUGGAAGAGAGCUAAAGAGUGAUUUAUUGUGUGGGGUUUUUGCAUUGGGUUUUCUUGUGACUCUUUUGAUUAGAGGAUACAGGAGACGAAUUAAAGAUUGGGUUUUGGGGCUCUGCUUUGUUGGCGUUUUGUUAGGUUUGAGGUUGAGGAGAGAGGAUACCCAACGCUGGGUUCAGAGGCUUAGGGUUUGCCCAACGGUCUCAGGAGGACUUCUGAAGGGAAAGAGAAGAAAUCGCGGACGAGUCAUGUAAGAAAAAGGUGAAAAGCAAAGAUUUUUUUUUACAGUUUUGUAUUCAUUAUUUAUUUUUAUCGGAGUAUUCAUUAUUUAUUA